CUGAUGAUUUUCUGUUACUUCCGGUCACAGCAAGGUCACCUAAAAUCUACGGCAAACAGGCGUCAAAAUGCCGUUUACAAAUCAAGAUUAUUUGCCUAGUUAUGAAGAGCUCACUGUGCCUGAGCUCGAAAUUACUUCUGCUGUGUUUCGUUCCACGGCACAUCACCUGGGAAAGUAUUGUGACAACGUGAGCAAGGAGUUCAUGCUGUGUCGGUCAGAGGAGGGCGACCCCCGCAAGUGCAUCAACGAGGGCAAGGAGGUCACUCGGUGCGCUUUCGAAUUCCUGGGUCUGGUGAAGAAAUCGUGUCUUGCUGAGUUCAACCAGUACAUGCAAUGUAUCGAUCACUCUGGGGGUGAAAUGGAGUUUAAGAAUUGCCGCAAGACGCAAGCGACCUUCGACAAAUGCGUCAAGGACAACCUGGACCAGGACCGGCCAGAGCUCGGCUUCUUCGGCAAGGUCCGCCUGCACUCCUCCAACCGCCCCAAGCCCACGCCCAGCCCACACAUCCUGCCAGAGCGGGCUCCCGACCCGCCAGACUUUUCCAGGAAGACAGACCCGUCGAAGGGCCCCCAGAACUGGUGAUGUCAGCGGCAGAUGUACCGAUGUGUUGUUACCAUAUAUAGUGGUCCC